AUGGUUACAAGGCAGAGACAGGGAACAGAAGCUUUGCAUGGAGGAACCCCAGACGAAGAGUUGUCGAUGAUGGUAAACCGGAGCGACGAUAAAGAUAAGGGCAGAAUCGUAAUCGUAGACUUAAUUUUAAAUGAAUGGAUUAAUGGCAGUAAUGGCAGUAGAAAUUAUGAUCGCGAGAAUAGUGCAACGGUUCAAUCUGUAACUGGCAAUAAUCAAGGAAGGUGCGUUAAUUUUGGGGGGCUAUAUAGCUGGGUUAUGUCAGGUCCUUUGUUGUUUUAUGGGGGUUUUAAUGAGAUAGUACAUGUGGAGGAAAGAAAAGGUGCAACUACUGUACCUCAGUCAGGGAAAGAAUUCAGGAACUGGAUACAAGAUAUGCAAUUAGUAGAUUUGGCACUCACUGAUCGCGAGUUUACAUGGUUUCGAGGUCGCUCUUGCAGUCAUAUAGAUAGAGCUCUGGUUAAUGUGGAGUGGCUUGAAGCGUUUCCAGAAACUUGGUUACGAGGGGGCCAAGGGAAUUGUCAGAUCAUUGCCCCCAUAAUACUGGAGGACAAAACGCUGAGGGGAGGUCCAAGGCCGUUCCGAAGUCUAGAUUCGUGGUUUACACAUGAUGGAUUUCUCAGUAUGGUUAAAGAGGAAUGGAGAGGUUUGGGGGAGAUACAGUUCACAGAUAAAUUGAAGAUGGACAGUAAGAUCACAAAGUUUGAGGAAGAAAUCAAGAGAGUUGAUGAUAUGGUUAGCAAUGGAGUAUAUGAUACCACGAUGGAGGCUAGAAGAAAGGUGCUGGUUACUUGUUGUGAGAGAUGGUAUGUAAGGAAGGAAAUGCAUUGGAAACAGAUGUCUCGGUCUCGGCACGCGAAGGAGAUGGACAAAAAUACAAGAUACUUUCACAAUAUGGCUUCAGCAAGAAGAUGGAACAAUAAGAUUGAUACACUAGUGAUAAACGGUAGAACGGUCAGAAAUCAAGCGAGAAUCAAGAUAGCCAUCAGAGAGUUUUACAAAGAAUUAUAUCAUCAGGAAGCUACUCCAAUGAUGGGCUUUAGAGAUGGUCUGGUGGGAAAGAUAGAUGAGGAUGAUGUUGUGACCUUAGAGAGGAUGCCGUCGGCUGAGGAGAUCAGAGAGGCUGUGUGGGACUGCGAGUCCUCUAAGGUGCCAGGCUGUGAUGGUACAACAUGA